CUCGAAACCUCACCUCAGCAUCUGUGUGACCCGUAAGCAAGAGACCCUCCACCUCGGAAACUAUUCCAAACCACAUCCAUCCUACCCCAUAGACAGCAACCAUGACUCCCCACCCCAUCACCGAUCGUCCGACCUACGACCCCCUCGCAGCAGAGCACAUCGCCCGACGUCCCCAGAAGCCCAUCGAAAUCAUCGAACCCGACCCAACCUGGCCAGCCAAAUUCGCGCUCAUCGAGGCGCGCAUCCGCUCCGCCCUAAGCAAUGACAACCUAAUCUCCGUCGCGCACGUCGGAUCCACCAGCGUGCCAGGCCUCCCCGCCAAAGACGUCAUCGACGUGGAUAUUGUCGUGCCCGAUCCCGACGCCGAAGACCGCUACAUCCCCGCGCUGGAGGCAGCCGGAUUCCAGUUCCUGUUCCGCGAGCCGACCUGGCACCGGCAUCGGUUUCUGUAUUUGAAAGACCCGUACGCGAAUGUGCAUGUUUUUGGACCCGAGGCGCCGGAGACGAUCUGGCAUCGGAUGCUUCGGGACUGGUUGCGUACGCAUGAGGACGACCGGGUCCUGUAUGCGGGGGUGAAGCGCGAGGCGGCGAGGGCGAGUCGAGAGGGUGGGGAGACGGUCAUGCAGUAUAAUGAUCGGAAGGAGGCGGUGAUUUUAAAUAUGUUGCAGAGGGCGUUUGAAGCUCAUGAGAAGUUGGAGAGUUGAUCCAGUUUUCUUUCUUUUCUUUCUUUUUUGUUUUUUGUUUUUCUUUGAGCUCUAGUUUGGCAUAGAGUAUGAGUAGUAUCUGUGUUAAAGAAUAAGCAGCUUAUAAGAUUAUAAAUAGCAUGUUGUUGGC